AGCUCAAGAAGAAGAAGAAGAAGACGAAGAAGACGAAGAAGAAGAAGAAGCCAUUUAGCUAGAAUGGCAGCAGACCUUGAAUCAAAACUCCAGCUGGUCCAUAGACACAUCCGACCCUUUCCAGACUUUCCGAAGAAAGGCAUCCUGUUCAGGGAUAUUUGUCCUAUCCUCAAGGAUCCAGCUGCUCUGACAGCAGUGAUUGACCUGUUUGAAGAACAUGUAAGGAAGAAUCACCAGCAGGUUGAUCUCAUUGUAGGUAUAGAUGCUCGUGGUUUCUUGUUUGGUCCUCUGCUUGCCCAGCGGCUGGGUGUUGGCUUUGUCCUGGUCAGAAAAAAAGGCAAACUGCCUGGAACCACUGUGUCUGUGGCAUAUGAUUUGGAGUAUGGCAAGGCAGAAGCAGAGAUCCAGGAGGAUGCUGUGGCUCCAGGACAGAAAAUUCUACUCAUUGAUGACCUUUUGGCUACUGGAGGGACAUUGCAUGCAGCCUGUGAGCUGAUGAAGAAGCAGCAGGCCGAGAUUCUUGGCUGCCUGGUGGUCAUCGAGCUCAAAGAGCUGAAUGGCAUCGACCAACUAAAAUCACACGCUGUAUUUUCCCUGGUGCAGUACUGAGGACCACUGCAGCCACCACAGUGACUGUAAAAGCCAAGUUUGACUAUUUUCCAGUCAGGUGCUUCCCAAGUGUACCAGCGCCAAAGAAACCUCUUCAGCUCACACACAAGUUUACAAUUUUUUUUCAUUUCAUUGACAUACUGUUUUGCAAAUUCAGUCAGUAUAUAUAUGUUUUAUUAUUCAUUCAUUAAUCUCUUACUGCUCUGGUGCCACGGGCUUGUGAUUGGAGACAGCUGGGUUUCCAUGGAUCUUUAAGUAGUCUUAAAAUGUCUAAUAAACUUCAUUGAAUUUU